AUGCCUUUGCUAUCAUGGCAUCGACAAAAUUGGGAUAUUGUACAUCCGUUUAUAGACUUAAGUAAAACUAAUGAAGUUUUUAACCUAAAGAGCUUGCAACACUACGUCGCUGGAGUAACAGAUCCCAGCAUCGAAGAUAAGGAGUAUCUUUUCGAUGUACUAGUUAAUAUGCCACGUCGUGAAAUUUAUGUAGCCUCACAUGCAAAAGAAAAUUUUGUGCUCAGUAAGAUUCACAAAGAUAUCGCUUCGCAAUUGGUGUCCCUUGCCCAAAAUGACGAGUGUUCAAAUCAAGACAUAGUUCAGGAACUGUCAUCAACGAUAGGGGAUUUAAUUAGUAAUUUAAAAUCACUGGCUUCCGACCAAAAUGGAAUGUUAUCUCCAGAUUGCAUUACAUCUAGAAAUCUAACCGCGUCCAAGGAAAAAUUUCUUAUAAAUUUGGCUGUGGCAGAGGGAUUAAUGAAAAUGUGACGCUAGCAUAUACUAAUGUACUGUACCUACUUACUAAAUUGUUACAGUAUACUAAACCUACCCUUAGGACUUUAAGUUUUUACAAUAUAUAGUACGAUACUACAUACGUAUUCAUAGUGUUACACAUUACCUUGUUAGGUGUAAAGAUUCCGCAGCAAUAUGAAAGGAAAAUGCAUAGUAGACAAUAAUAU